UAUAAAUACCUACAUAUGAUAAAAGACCAUUAGUAGCAAAGUAUUCUUUGACAUAGUUGUUUUUUCUAAAUCCACGUUUUAAUAUGACAAAUUAAAUACAUUUAUUGCUUUGAAGGAGACUGUCUACAAGAUACUACAACACGAUAUUUCAAGAGAUUACUAAGAGAGAUCUUCCAAACUACAGUUAUUUCCAGCAUUUUCAAGUAUGGCCAACAUCCAGGUUUCGGAGAUGAAUCAAGCAAAACUACGACCAGAAACAAUCAUGAUGGGAAACGGGGCAGGCGACCAAUAUGUCAAUUACCCACAGUUGCUCAGGAACAGGCUGUACAAAAUAGUAACAUGGAACAAUGUGGAAAGGGCAUGGCUCAGACUCAAAAAAGAGGCUGUGGACGGAGCAAAUUUUUCACUGCACAAAGGUCUGGAAUACAGACUCAAAGAAUCCUUUACUGGCUGCUUCCUUCAUCACUUGAACAAGAAUGAAGCAACAACUUCAGAAAUUCAGCAGAAGAAACUUGACAUUGCGCAGUUCCUGCUAAAAAUCAAUGAAUUCCCAACAGUUUAUCAAAGAAGAAGUGAUUACACCGAAAAUAUUAUGAGCCUCUUAAUAAACACUGUGCAACAGAGCAAAAAUGGCAUUGUUACAGAAUCAUCCAUUUUGAAAAACAUGCCCAGCCUUCGACUUGCUGGGUCUAAAAUAGGAAGUAUGGACUAUACGCUGAAAGACUGCAGCGGGCUGGAAGCGCUGAUCCUUACUGCAAAUUACAUUACUGACUUCGAUGGUGUUGUCCUACCACAAAACCUCAAGCUUCUUGAGCUCUAUGGAAACCUCUUGCAAAAUAUAGAACUUCUUGCAAAAAAUGCACCCAAGAAAUUGUUGUUCCUUGGUUUAGGACGAAAUUACUUGAGUAAAGCAUCAAGUUUAAAACUUCUAAACAAAUAUUCAUUUCUAUGUUAUUUGGAUUUGAGUGACAAUGAUUUUGAAAAUAUAGACGACCUUAUGUACAGCUUAAAAACUUUGAAACAUCUCAAGUCUCUUUUGCUUAUAGGAAAUCCAAUUUCUGUGAUCAGCAAUUACAAAUCUAUUGUAGCUUCAAGCUUACCAGGUUUAGAGCUAUUAGACGGUGUAGAAUUGACAGGGAAUGAUUUAGAUAAAACGCAAAUACAAAACCAACCUGAAGAAGAAAAAGAAGCAGUGAUUCAAGUUUAUGGUUUCAGAUUUUAUGGAGUGCCAAAACCAAAGAGAAGAUCCCAAGGCAAAAAGAAUCGUGGAGAAAGUUACUAUCAACUUGAAAUAGAAUUCCCCUUGUUGGAUGAAACAUUAGCAGAGUAUGAAGCAAAUGUGCUAACUCAUGAAUUAAAUGGAAUUCCAUUGCCAAUCGUGCCAGUACUUGAAGAAAACACAAGACAGAUAGAAGAACUUGUCAAACCUCUUGUGAGAUCUCAAUCAAAAAAUAGUACCUUAUCUCUCAAAGGUCCCAAAAAACCUGAGAAAAAUGGCAGCAAGGCGAAACAACAAGAGCAUGUAUAUAUUCAUGACUUGGGGGUGAAAUACUGCAGUUACCUAGAAGGGGAUGAGGAAAUUUUUAUGGCAAAAAAGUUCUGUUCACAAAAGGUGCAAUGGGCUCCUGUUAUAAAAUUCCCAACUCCUGCAAUAGAGGUAAAAGUCCCUCUGCAAAAUAUAAGGAUGUUGAGAGACACUUUUAGGACAGUCUUAAAUAUUCGCUUGUACCGCAAAGAGGAAUAUUAUCCAGUUUCUGUGAAAAAUAGUCGUGGCUCCAGUCUCCAUGUAGGCCAAAAAGGUCGAAAAAGUGAAGCAGGAGGAAGAAAGAGCGUGGCAGGAGGGAGAAAGAGUCAAGCGGGACGAAAGAGUCAAGCAGGACGAAAGAGUCAAGCAGGACGAAAGAGUCAAGCGGGACGAAAGAGUCAGGCUGGAAGAAAGAGUCAGGCUGGCCGAAAGAGUCAAGCUGGACGAAAGAGUCAGGCUGGCCGAAGUGCUUCAAUGAAAAGACGUCAAAGCAAGCAGCCUGGAGGAAAAGGUGUUAAAAAAGAUGGGAAACACAAUGGAAAUAGAGACGAUUCAGGAGAGAGCACUUUGAUUACAGUAAGAUAUUUAGUCUGUAAAAUACCAGUCCCACUACAGAUGACAAACUGGUCAGAAGAUUACAUGGGUUACACAUGGGAUAUGCGGGACUAUUGUCUUGCUAAACCUUUUCCAGGAUUAAAAAAUGUGAAUGUUGGUGUUAAAGUUAAAAAAAGUCGCAAAGGAGGAGGCAAACAAGAAAUAUACAUCCCUACUCCAAAAUUUUUAACAGGCCACAUCGGAGUUGGUAUUAAAAGGCCUGGAACCAUUGAAAGGAUGAAAGGAGCGACCAGUAAGUUAAACCUUAAAGGUACACGGGGAAGACCUUCAACCAAAAAACGAGGUUCGCAUAGGCCAUCAUCAAGAGGAUCAAUAAAAAAAAGUAGAAGUCGUAGCAUCAAAUAGUCCUUAAAAAAAGUUGAAAAUUCUUGAUUACUCCACAAAAUUUCUAUUCUGAAAUUUAAUAAAUUUAUUUGAAAAUUUUU